GUUACCCCAACAUGGACGAGGAGGAACGUGACGAAGGAAGUUCUGUCCCGGGGGUUGUCGCCGCCGGCCAAACCCCAGAGCAACUCGUCUCCAGGGCCAUAGCUCCAGACGACGACGUUUCCAUUCCCAACGAAAAUAAGACAUCAUGUUCUCAGAUCUAUUCGACGUCGUUGCAGAUCUAUCAACGAUCAUGGCUGGUUUCAGCGGUGAUGAAACGGCACCGUUUUUCGGCUUCCUCGGAGCCGCAGCUCCCUCUUGUUCUCCUGUGUAGAAGGUCAUGGCCGUUGAAUUUGGAACGUUUGAUGUUUGAGAUUCACUUAGUUACUGCUAAUAGUUAAGUUUAAUAGUAUGAAAUCUAAAAAUUGAUUGAUCUGUGUCUGUGGGGAAAUCGGAAUACCCAUUGAUGGAGUAAGGAAAUGAAAAUGGGCCGCUCCUUCCUGCACCUCCCGCUUCGAAUACCCAUUUUAAUUUCCUAUUUUACCCCUUCACCGGUCACAUCUCUUCACUUCAUCUUCAUCUUUAAUUUUCUUCUUGUAUCCAUAUUUUUUUAAUACAGAAAUACCCUUUAGAUUGGGCUUUAUGUUGGGCCGGGUUGAGAGCUUAAAAAACCUGUGGUGUGUUCUUUGGUUGCUCCCUCUCUGCAUCUAAUCUUCAAAGAGCAGUGCAGUGAUAGCAAUGUUUCACCCCGCAGUGGUUGCAUCAUGUCCCUGUCCGAAUCCUUAUCCUUGGCGCCAUCACUUCCCCGGCGCAAGCGCAGGUACAGUGACGGUGAGGGUGACCCCAAUGCAAGUUGUGACAGGGAAGGCGGUGGUUGGUUCCAGAAUAAGGUGCAUGGCCAAUCCUAGAAGAGUCCAAAUGGUGGCCAAGCAAAUAAGGAGAGAGCUCUCUGAUAUGCUCCUCACCGACAAAGUGUUGCAGUAUGCUAUUCUUCCCGAAACUUCCUUAGGAGCCGACCGUUACCUAUCUUCCCUCACCACCGUCACCGAUGUCCAAGUCUCCGGUGAUCUCCAGGUGGUUAAGGUUUUUGUCUCUGUUUUUGGGGAUGAAAGAGGGAGAGAAGUAGCCAUUGCCGGCUUGAAGUCAAAGGCCAAAUAUGUUCGCAGUGAAUUGGGGAAGCGUAUGAAGUUGCGCUUAACUCCUGAGAUACGCUUUAUUGAGGAUGAUUCUUUUGAGAAAGGAAGCAGGGUGAUUGCAAUAUUAGAUAAAAUAAAGAAUGAGAAGAGUUCUGGGAGUCAAAACAAGGAGCGGUUAAAUUCAUCAACAAAUGAGGAUGAUGAUGAAUGGGAUGGGGAAGAUCCUGAAGAAGGUGUCAUUUAUGUGGAAUAGAUGCCCCCAAUGCAUCAGUACAGUCACUCUGCCUUGUUUGGUGUGGACUGAUCUUUCGAUCUUGAUAGGUAUGUUUUAAUGAACCUAUGUCAAGCAGCUACACUUUAAAUAAUCAUACUCUAAGAGAUGAUUUAAGCACUCUGGUCGAACAAAAAUAGUUAGUCUCACACUUUCUGCCAGGUUUUUGUCAAAGAUGCACACAUAUACUUUACAUAUAUAUCCGUGAGAUUGCUCAACUUCAUUCAGUUAUCAAAUCGAUUACUUGUGUGCAGUGCUCGUAAACACUUAACUAAAAUGCUUGGUUGAAUCAUGCUGUUCUAGUGUUCUCAAGUGCAACAUCAUCUGAAUACAAAGACCUUGCAUUGUCAACACCGAAGUGAUCUAGACCAAAUUUUGGUUUUUGGGUUUUCUCCAACUGAAUGUCAGUAUACAAGAGGAUUUGCUGUGUAAAUUCUUCUUUCUUGCUUUACUUGUUCCUGCAACUGGAAUUUAUAAUGUUUGCUAUUGCUAUCCAAAUUUAGGUGUCUUCAACUAAUUACAGUCAACUACAUCCAUGUACAUGUGAUUUUGGUUUCUUUCUUUUUACAUGGACUUGGUUGAACUUUGUGGGUUAUUGGAUCUCAGUACAGUGCUCCCUCUUGGUCCUGUUA